CAACCAUUAAAAUCGCACAUCUAUAGACUCAUUGAAUCUGUCAGGCAGAAUGUCAGCAAGUGUGUUUCUCUUCCUGGCAGUCAGUGGGAACAUUUACAUAGCUACGGAUCAAACUUCGUUCAAUGUAUCUCAAUCGCCCAAAGAAGCGAUGGUAUCCAAAGGAGAGAACGUCACGUUCUACUGCGUAUUUCCCAUUUCUCAGGAUGAAUCCUGGGUAAAAGUCUAUUGGUGGAAACAGGGCGAGAAUGAAUACCAACGGACAAGCACCGGCAGCAGAAAACGUUCCGGUCGGAGAGGGAAAAGAACUUGGUACUUUGAGUUGCAAAAUGUAAUGAUCCAAGAUUCUGGAAUGUAUCUGUGUUCAUUGACCCGCAAAGGACUGCCUGCAAGAAAUGGAACCGGAUCACUUCUAAAAGUUUACGUAGUACCAACUCCAUUGAAAAUGUUCGUGAAAAAGCAUUCAACUACCGCCUUCAUUAUUGUGUGUGAAACAGCUGGCUUUUAUCCUGAGGACUUCUCGCUUACCUGGUAUAAAAAUGAUGUUGAGAUAGUUUUGGGUACGCAUACCAAAGUAAAGAAGACCACCGAAGGUCUUUAUGAGGUUUCGAGCAGCUUGUCAGAGAUGCAGCCAGAUAAGAACGGCACAAAAUAUACCUGUUUGGUAUCUCAUGUCUCUCUCAAUACUUCAGCCGUGGCAGUCUAUUCUAUUUCCAAAUCUAACCAAGGUUCCUCUGGCAAAUCUCUUUUCGUUUGGAUUCUCCGUUGUGCGAUGGGGGUACUGACGAUUCUAGUGCUAAUGAUCGUCAUUGGGACGCGGUGCCGAAAGCAGCAAAGAAAGGGUAACGAGGAAUGCUUUACGGAAGCGAAUCGUAGUGAGGUUUGUUCUUGCGUACAUAUAGCGCCGUACAAUCUGGUCAUUCAAUAGACGAUCUGAUCUGGACAGAAUUAACGAUAGUCUUAUUACAACAAUGAAGAGGACCGUAUCCACUUGACCAUGCGCCUGUUUUCUCACAAACGCCGUUUCAUUCUCGAGAAAUCUUGCAUCUGCUGGAAUUUACGGUUAUGGAAUGAAUUGGCGCAGCUUCCGUUUGCAACAUGAUCUGAGACGAACGAUUGUUAUUUGGCUACCUAUCUUCAUAUUUCAAUGUUAUUAUCAAAUGUUAAACUGAUUUACCUGAAGUAGAAACAUAGACUGAUAGAGGUAUCAAUAUAUAUAUAAACCUAAAGAUUCCCACAGUUAUCUUGACUGUGCCUCUUUCCAUCCUGUAAAAAUGUUAUUCCCUUUUCUCAGUUCCGUCAUCUCCGCCUCAUCUGUUCCGAGGAUGCUGCUUUCCAUUCCAGGACAUUAGAGAUCUUCUCCUUUUUCCUCCACCAUUGAUGCUGCAAUCACUCGCAUCUCUCCCAAUUCCUGAACAUUGGCGCUCACCCCAUCUUCUCUACCACCACAUGAGCCUCCGUAUCUGACACAUCAUCCGCCGCAACUUUCACCAUCUUCAAAGGAUCCCACAAUCAAAUGUAUCUUUACUCCCCUGCCACCCUGCUCCAGUUCUGCCAUUCACUGGUCCCUCCAUGAUUCCCUUGUCCAUUCGUUCUUCCGCACUAAUCUGUCUCCUGGCACUAAUAUCUGCAAGUGGCCAAUUUGCUGCUCCGGCCUAUUCAAGUUCCCCCUUACCUUCAUUUACAUCUCCAAACAAUCCUUCCAGGUGAGAUAGCAGUUCACCUGCAAAUCUGCUAGGAUUGUCCAUUGCGCUUGGUGCUCCUGAUGCGGCCUCUUCUACAUUGAUGAGACCCGUGAUUAAUUGAGGGACCACUUUUUGAGCACCUUAUCUCCAUUCGCCAAAACCGGAACUUCGCCCUGGCCAAAUAUUUUAUUUCCCAUUCCCAUUCCCGUUCCAACAUGUGGGCCCACGGCCUCUUCUUGUGCUAUGAUGAGGCCAUCCUCAGGGUAGAAAAGCAAAACCUUUAUUCCGUUGUUUUAGCCUCCAUCCUGAUAGCAUAAAUAUUGAUUUCUUCUUCUGCUAAGAAACAAUUCCUGUCCUCUUUGUUAUAUUUCCUAAUCCAGCCUCUCACUGGUCUAUUCCCAUUCCCAAGAUCUCUUCUGCCUUCCCUUUCUCCUAUGGUCCACUCUCCUCUCCAAUCAGAUUCGUUCCUCCCAACUCUUGUUUAUCUUUUCUUCCCAUCAGGUUUCACCUGUCACCUUUAACUCUACUCCUCCCUCUCCCCCCACCUUUUUAUCCAUUCCAGUCCCAAAGAAGAGCCUCGCCCCAAAACACCGACAGCUUGUUUAUUUCUAUUGAUGCUGCCUGACCCACUGUUCCUCCAAUAUUUUGUGUGUAUUGCUUUGGAUUUCCAGCACCUGAAGACUUUCUCGUGCUUAUGAUUUGUUGAAGUUGUUUAA